ACAGCUACAGAGCAGGUGGAUUAAGGCAAUCUUCGUAAUUUUUUUAGUGCAUGUUUUGGAAGUAACGAAAAGAAAUACCAUGGAAAGUAAUCCAUGCUUGCUUCUCGUUGUCAUUCUUGUUGUUUCUUGUUCUGUAGUUCAAAGCGAAGCGGCUGGCAAGAGGCAAAGCGAAGCACUUGGCCAUCUCUACAAGGCCAAGUACUCGAUGGGAAAUCUUAGCAUUGACAAUAGUCUUUUUCAAGCUAUUCAACAUGUAGAUACAUCCAGGUUUCAUGCUCAAGAGGGACUAAAAGAGAAGGAUAGAAUAGAGAGCUUGCCGGGACAGCCAAAAGUAGAGUUCUCGCAGUAUGGAGGCUAUGUUACCGUUGAUGAAUCUGCUGGACGAGCACUCUAUUAUUACUUUGCCGAGGCUCAACAUUCUAAAGAGUCCUUGCCUCUUCUUCUCUGGCUCAAUGGAGGCCCUGGUUGUUCAUCUUUGUCAUAUGGUGCAAUGCAAGAACUUGGACCAUUUCGAGUAUAUAGUGAUGGCCAAGCACUUUAUAAAAAUAGACAUUCAUGGAAUUAUGCUGCCAAUGUUUUGUUUCUUGAAUCUCCUGCGGGAGUAGGGUUUUCAUACUCAAACACGACAUCAGAUUACAAGAAAAGUGGAGAUAAAAUGACAGCUGAAGAUAAUUAUGUGUUCUUAGUGAAUUGGCUAGAGAGGUUUCCUGAAUACAAAGAUAGAGAUUUCUACAUAUCAGGUGAAAGCUAUGCCGGGCAUUAUGUGCCUCAACUUGCACACACUAUUCUUUACCAUAACAACAAGGCUAAGAAGACCAUUGUCAAUCUCAAAGGAAUUCUAAUUGGGAAUGCAGUGAUCAAUGACGAAACUGAUAGUAUAGGGAUGUAUAGCUAUUUCGGAAACCAUGCUCUAAUCUCAGAUGAGAUGGUUCAGAAAAUACUAAAAUCUUGCGAUUUCUCACCCAAUGCGACAUCCCAGUCUGAUGAGUGCAAUCAAGCAGCAGAAGCAGCAGGCAAGGAUACUAGUUAUAUCAAUAUAUACAACAUCUAUGGUCCAUUGUGCCUUCGUGAGGGUACCACAGCAAAUCCUAAGAAACCUUCUCUGGUGGAUUUUGAUCCAUGUUCUGAUUAUUAUGUGUAUGCUUAUCUCAAUCGACCUGAUGUCCAAGAAGCCAUCCACGCCAAUGUCACCAAACUUACUCAUGAUUGGGAACCCUGUAGUGAUAUCAUACCAAGUUGGUCAGAUAGCCCUUCAACAAUUAUUCCGCUACUGCAAGAAUUCAUGGCAAACGGUCUACGAGUGUGGCUAUUUAGUGGUGACACAGACGGAAGGGUGCCAUUUACUUCAACUCAAUAUUCUAUAAAUAAGAUGAAACUCCAAGUUAAAACCGAAUGGCAUCCUUGGUACGUCAAAGGGGAGGUGGGAGGAUACACACAAGUGUAUAAAGGAGAUUUAACAUUUGCCACCGUGAGAGGCGCAGGGCAUCAAGUGCCAAGCUAUCAGCCAUUGAGAGCACUUUCAUUGGUCAAGCACUUCCUUGAUGGCACGCCUCUUCCUGAUACUACGAGAUAUUAAAUCCAUUUCUUUGUAAUUUUAUUCAAACCAUCAUUUCUUAUAUAUUUAUAAGAAAUACUAUUCCAUAAGGCUAAUUAGAAAAAGGGAAGUUUAUUUCUUU